AUGCCCAUAGUGAUCCUGGGAGACCCUGUGUACCACUUACAGCCGGGGCUCAUGAAACCGUACACGGGAAACCUGGACAGCAGUGCUCUUUCUACCACGUCCAGGCCCGCCGAAGUAUCCACGGGGCUCUUGGCGGUGGAGGUGAACCAAGGGAACACCAAGGCUCUUGGCUCUGGCCUGGGGUAUCUGGAACACAUCUGUCAGCUGAUAGAGAAAAUCGGGCAGCUGCAGGAGCACAAUCUGCGACUCCAAAAGCAAGUGUGCAGUUUGCAGAAGGAGCAGAAGAUGAGCCAGAUAAAGGAGGAGUAUUUUCUGCAGCACUGUUCCUGUGGAGCUGCCAGCAUCAUGCUCAACUCGUACCAGGAGGUGAAGACAUUUUUUACUGGGAGGAGCAGACCACACAGUCUCUUGGUUCAGAGUGGAAACCAGUCCGACCUUUCGAUCAUCCCAGAAAGAGGAAGUGACACACACCUGGAAUCAGGAGAUAGACAGCUGGUGCUGGGGCUCAGGAAGACCUGGAGUAAAAGGAGCAAUGAGGAGAAUGACCUCAGAGAUGCCUAUAAUCUGACUGAUGGCCGAGCUUUCCUGCUAAAGGACCCAACUACGAAAAAGAGGGCUGACCUCGGUAAGAGUAUCCCAGGUGAAAGCCACGCUUGGGGCAGAAUGAGGGAUCUCAUGAAGAAGACCAGGCUGAGGAACCAGAGCAAGUUGGGACUGUCAUCGGCAGCUCUGAAGAGGUCCUGCCCACAGCUCUACAGACCAGAGGUUAAGACUUCGGAUCGGAGGAAGAUGGAGAGGAACUCCAUGAUUGUUCUGGGGCAAAGCACAAAGAAUGAAAACAUCUGGCCUUUCUGAGCAUCUGAAUCCAAUGGACCAAGAGGUAAAUGAACUGGGGCGCUGCUGGACAUGAAAUUGAAAACCACGAGGCUACAUUGUGCAGACCAAGCUCUACAGCAGGAUCAGCAUCAAGGCAGCAGGGAGGGAGGAGAGAUAAAAGAAAGAUUUGCUGAAGGGCAGGGUGCUCAGCUGUACUAGAGUUUACUCUUGACAUGAAUGUAAAAGUGAACUUAAAACAAUGCUAUAUACCGGGAAUAUAGUUACCAUCUCAGCAAUAAUAACCAAGCAGAUUUGAUACAAUUUCAUAAACAAGCUACCUUAAGUCCUCCUGCUUGUGAAGUAUUAUUGAUCUCCUGGGCUUUAUUCAGCAGAAAGAGGCUAAACCCUCAUAGAACACCAGUGCUUUAAGGAAAAACAAAGAUUGGGAGACUACAUGUAGUAGACACUGCUGGGUGUGGGCAGCAGUGCAAGACUUAAGGGAUUUUUUUAUAUCUCCACGUGUGGGUAUUACUAACAAGUCUGCACAUUUUAAAGGUCUCCACCCAGCAGUGAUUGGCUGGGGAGUUUUACUGAGGUCCCAUGCAAUGUCCAGCUCAAUCAAAGCCAGCAGCCAAGAUUUUCUAAAGCUGGAUUUGUAAGUGCAAGGUUAGGUGCCAGUCUUGUGCGUGUGACCCCCUUUGCCAGUCUGGAGCUUCACUGACCUCAAUAGGUCCAGGGCCGGCUCCAGGCACCAGCCCACCAAGCAUGUGCUUGGGGCGGCACCUGGAGGGGGGCGGCGCGGCGUGGCGCGGCACUCCGGCCCGAGAGCGGGGCUGUGACUGGA